ACAUGUCUUCCAAAACGAUCAAAGAAACGUCUACAACUGUUAGAUCAACUUCGCAGGAAGGGUGAUUACUUUCAUAACAUUAAUGUGCUAGAAAAUGGAAAAGGAGAGAUCGUAACCUGCAGACAGCCAUCAGAACAUUCAAAAGCAGAACAGUAUCUACCGUGCAACUUAUGUCUUGGAUUCUUCUUAAAAGAUGAGCUAUGGAGACAUGAGAAAGUGUGUCGUAAAACAAUGAAUGACACAGUUAAGUUCAAGCAAAAACGAAGAGUUCAAACUGCGGCCUCAGCUCUUAUUCCAUUCCGAGGACAGGCAUCACAAAGGUGCUCAGAAGUUGUUAACAGAAUGAUAAUUGAUGAUGUGUCAGUCCAAGUAAAAAAUGACCCUCUCAUCUGUGAAUUUGGCGACAGACUGUUGGAGAAACAUGGAAGCGAUCGAUCAAAAGAUGCAUAUGUCAGUCAAAAGAUGAGGGAGUUGGGUAGAUUUGUCCAAGCUGCCAAGUCAAUUGACUGCAAAGUGAAGAUGCUGCAAGAUGUUUUGGUGCCACCAAAGUUUUCUUUAGCAGUGCAAGCAGCAAAAAAAGCAGCUGGCUUCAUCAAAUCAAACCACAGGUACGACACUCCAUCCCUUGCUUUAAAAUUAGGACACUCACUGAAGGCAGCAUGUGAAAUUGUUAUUGCACAACAUGUAAAGGCUGAAGAUGAAUCAGCAGCUGGCAGAGUCAGGAACUUCUUGGGCUUGGUAGCUACAGAGUGGGACUUCUAUGUGUCAUGCCGUGCACGGACGAACUUAGAAGAGGGAAAAUGGAACAAAAAAGAAAUGAUUCCACUCACAGAAGAUGUAAUGAAGCUUCAUAAAGUGCUCAAGUCCACAGAGGAGAAGGCAAAAGAGCAACUGUUGGAAGGACCUAACCCUGCAGCAUACAAGACUCUCAGUGAGUGCCUUCUUUCACAAAUCAUUCUUUUCAACCGAAGACGGCAAGGUGAGGCAGCAAAAAUACUUCUGCAGACCUACAGAAACAGAUCCAACGAGGUACCAAAUGAAGACAUCAUGCAGUGCCUGUCAAAACUUGAACAGGACUUGAGUCACGAGUUUACCAGGUUGGUGAUCAGAGGGAAAAGAGGUCAUAAAGUGCCCGUGCUUCUUACAAAGGAGAUGACAAAUUCACUUGAUUUCCUCAUUGAUAGAAGGAGUGAGGACAAUGGCAUCUUGGAGAGUAAUGAAUAUGUCUUUGCAAGACAGAAUUCAAAAUCUUAUCUUCGAGGUUCAGACUGUUUAAGGAAAUAUGCAGCUGCAAGUGAGGCAAAGAGGCCUGAAACACUCAGAUCGACCCAACUGAGGAAACAUGUAGCUACACUUAGCCAAAUAAUGAACUUGAAAGACAAUGAACUGGAUCAGCUUGCUAAAUUCAUGGGCCAUGACAUUAGGGUGCAUCGGGAAUAUUACCGGCUAACAGAGAACACACUCCAGCUUGCAAAAAUGAGCAAGUUGCUCAUGGCAAUAGAGCUGGGAACUGACACCUACAAAGGCAAAUCUCUUGAUGAGAUUGAUUUUGGCUUAGAGACUUUGUCGUCAAGUGUGGGAGCAGUACAGGAGCCACAAAUAAGUCAAAGUGAGAAGUCUUCUGAACAAGGUGAAGAUACAGAUGGGCCCCGUAAAAGAAAGAAGAGAAGGAAGGUUUCUGAGCCAGCUCAAGAUUCAGAUGAAGAACCUCAGCGGACCUCCACUCCAGUACGACCAAAAGUGCUUAAAAAGACAAAGAAAACAGAAGAACCUCAGCGGACCUCCACUCCAGUACGACCAAAAGUGCUCAAAAAGACAAAGAAAACAGCAAAGAAAUCAAAGAGGGUGUCUGAGCCAGCUCAAGAUUCAGAUGAAGCAGCAGAAACAAGGACCUCAUGUGCAGGACCCUCAGCCCAAAGAACUAAUAAAACAGGUACAGACUGUCUGAUCCCCACUGCAUCAAAGCGCAAGUCCUGGAGUAAAGCAGAAAAAUCAGCUGUAUGGCGACAACUGGGACAGUACAUCACUCUAAGGAGAGUGCCUGGUAAAGAGCCGUGCCUCAAGGCACUUAAGGCAGAACCAGUUCUUAAAAAUCGUAAUUGGAAAGAUAUUAAGAACCAAGUCUACAAUUCCAUCACAGCUCAAAAAAGGAAAAGUAUUUAGUUCCUGUUCAUAAAUAUACGUAUAUGGACCAGUUAGCCAAGAAUGUUUUAAGGUCAAUUUUGAUACUGCACUGAACAGCAGUUAUUAUGUUGCUAUUGUCUACUUUUGAUAUUGCAGUCAGUAUGUUGCUGUUGUCAGUUUUUUUUAUAUUGCACCGUAUAGCAGAGUGAGUUUCUUGCUGUUGUCAAUUUUUCAUAAUGCACCAAACAACAUUAAGUUUGUUGCUGUUAAUUUUUCAUAUUUCACAGAACAAC